AUGCCCGCACCCAACCGAUUCCUGGAGUAUAUCGGCGCUCAUGCCGGUAGGUUCAUCGAGCGUCUUGCAGAUGCCGUCGCUUUUCCCAGUGUAAGCGCAGAGGCCGCUUUUCGGACAGACGUCAUCAGGAUGGCACACUAUCUCGAGGAUCAACUCAAGUCUUUGGGCGUUAGGACCAAGCUCGUCGACUUAGGGAAGCAUGUGCUGGAUGGCGAGGAACUCCCGCUUCCGCCUGUGAUCCUUGGCAGCACCGGUGACGAUCCCAAAAAGAAGACCAUAUUGAUUUAUGGCCACUAUGAUGUGCAGCCUGCGUGCAAAAACGAUGGCUGGGGUACUGAGCCAUUCAAGCUCGUCGUGGACUCCGAGACAGGCCGACUCAUCGGUAGAGGAUCCACAGACGACAAGGGCGCGAUACUAGGCUGGUUGAACGUUCUAGAGGCCCACAAAUCGCUCGGUCUCGAACUCCCCGUCAACCUCCGCUUUUGUUUUGAGGGUAUGGAGGAGGUCGGGAGUGACGGCCUCGACGACUUGAUCAGGAACGAGGUGAAGAAGGGUAAGGAGAGCUGGUUCUACGGUGUGGACUGCGUCUGUAUUUCAGACAAUUACUGGCUCAAUACACGUACCCCCUGCCUUACAUACGGCUUGCGCGGGAUCGCCUACUUUAAGAUUACUGUCUCAGGUCCCGCGAGCGACCUACACUCUGGUGCGUUUGGUGGCAUGGUACACGAACCGCUGAUGGACCUCGUCGCGUUGAUGGGCAAGCUGGCCUCGCCAGAUGGGCAGAUCCUCAUACCUGGCGUGGCUGAUAUGGUCCCGCCUCCUGAUGAGGAAGGGAAGAAACUAUACGAGUCACUGGACUCUUCUGUCGCCGACGUCGAGGAAGCAGCUGGCGCGAAGAUUACCAGGUCAGACGAUAAAGUGCCCGUCCUGAUGGCCCGCAUGCGUAACCCUUCUCUGUCGUUGCAUGCUAUUGAGGGUGCACUGGGCGCAAGGACAACCAUCCCUGCUACAGUGACCGGCAAGUUCAGUCUCCGCUUAGUUCCUCCGCAGACACCGGAGAGUGUUAUUCCCUUGGUGCUCGAGCACCUCUAUUCCGAGUUCGCCAAGCUGAACAGCAAGAAUAAGCUGCUCGUGGAGCGUGGGGGUGACGGGAGGCCCUGGAUGGACCACCAGCAUUGGAAUUACCAAGCUGCUAUAAAAGCUUCGGAGGCGGUGUACAAGAGGCGGCCGGACUUGACUCGCGAGGGCGGGUCCAUCCCGGUUACGCUUACCUUUGCGGAGAGUCUCGGGGUGAAUGUCCUCCUGCUCCCCAUGGGAAGGGGAGACGAUGGCGCUCAGUACGCCCUCUCACGAUGUCAGAUGAAUGUUGCGGUUCUUAUCUACAUCUUAGGUUCUACGAACGAGAAGUUGGAUCGCAGCAACUUCAUCGAAGGCAGCAAACUCAUGGGCACCUAUUUAUACGAAGUUGCCGCAAUUUCGGUGUGA